UUAGUUCCUACUACAUCACCGGAUGAUGUAACGAUCAUUGAUGAUAGCCCAACGUCAGUUAGAGUCUGUUGGCAACCGCCCAGUUUUUCCGGAGGAGUUAUUACCGAAUAUCUUAUAUUGUAUUCAACCGAUAAAUUAAUGAUGAAUUUCGUUAAAUUGCCGGUAUAUAAUGGCAAUUUAUGUGCUCACGUCACGAAAUUGUCGGAGUCAACGGAAUACUUUUUCCGGGUUAGUGCAUCCACUGGAAGAGGUGCCGGGCCAUUUACCGAAAACAUUCGAAAAGUCACACGUAAAGGUUUAUAUUUGAUUAUUUUAAUCUAG